UUCACCCACGGCUGCAGCGAGAAUUCCUAUUCGUUUCAGAAGGGCGCUGUUUAUUUUUCCAAGAUGGAGGGAGUCGAUUUAAAAGGAAAGCUGAAAGAUCAGUCCAGGAAUGCGACAUUGGAGAAAUAUCCAUACAUCCGUUCUCUGGGUGGCGUUGAUGUAAAACCUGGAAUUGCGUCUGUAAUGAAGGGAGGAGAGUCACCCUUUAUCAGAAUUCCACACCAUAAGAAGGAAAGUCCUCAACCUACAGCAGAUAAUUCCAUGAAUGAAACCUCCGCAGGACAUCAGACCGUUCUGUAUUUUCCAGACUGUCUGAUAGAGGACACUAGUGGCACAAUAUAUUAUCAUGGAGUAAACACCACAGGUCAAAAAGUGCCUGACAAGAAGGUUAAGAAAUCUACAGAGAUGUCUAAUGUAUCCAGAUCAAUAGCUGGGAAAAAAAAACCUGACUCCCCUACUUCAACAUCCAGCGGACAUACAGAGCAAGAGAGAACGUCAGCUAGCAAGGAGAACGUGAGCCAGGACAGUCCAUCCAUCAAACAGCAAACCUGCGCAGCUUGUGGUGAAACCUUUCAGAAUAAAUUUGAUUAUUCAUCCCAUCUAAGAAAAUACAUGCCAACAAUCCCCUUUAACUGGCUGCACGAAACAAACGAAAAAGUGAACAGUGAAGUUAAUUGUCCAGAAUGCGGCAAGGCAUUCAAAUGCAGAUCAGUCCUUAAUAUUCACCUGAGAAGUCACACCGGAGAGAGGCCAUUUGUGUGCUGUAGAUGUGGGAAAGACUUCUCCGGCAUUAUCAAUCUUAAUAAACAUAUGAAGACUCACAGCGGGGAGAGGCUGCAUGCGUGCUCUAAAUGUGGGAAAUGCUUCACCACAAAGCACUAUCUCUCUGUACAUGAGACAACGCACACAGGGGUGAAAGCAUUUUCAUGCCCCGAAUGUUCGAAAUGCUUCACUCAGCCCUCUUCACUGUCCAGACACCUCAAAACCCAUACAGGAGAGAAACCGUAUUCUUGCCCGAAAUGUGGUAAAGGCUUUAAUCAGAGCUCCAGUCUGGUCAGACAUAAGAAAACUCACAUAUAAAAAAAAAAAGACAGAUUAGGUAAAGACAGACAUGGAGACGCCAAGGGAAGAGCUGCACAUGGACUGAUCUUGUGUUGUUAGAAGGCUGUGCAUGCUGGGUAAAAGAGGUCAUUGACUGCAAGUGUAACAAGCAAAUAGUAUACACUGGCUACCCAGCAUUCCAAGCGUAUAAUGGCUCCUUUUCAGUUGCUAAACUAAUUUAGCCACUGUAAAACAAAUCACAUGCAUCACAGACAGAGGAGAACAAAAUGACAGUCCAGGUAUUCAGAUCUGGUGCAAGGAAAGAAAAAAGAUAGAUAUAAAUAAAGGCAAGGGAGGAGUAUAAUCAUUAAUACCUUAAGGACGUUAUGACGUUCUUUCCUGUCCUAACAAUAGUGGGCUUUAAUGCCAUUUGUAGUGAGCACAGUUACGUUUAAUUGAUACCUGGGGUCAUAUUUAGUGCCCCCAGGCUGACAUGAGCUCCAUAAAUCUAUUUAAAUGGCCAUAAUGAUUUCAAGCUUUUCUCAAAUGUGAGGGAGACCCCCAGGUCUGAAAAGCGUCUGACAGGGUCCCCCUGCAUGCCCACCUGCCAAUUGAGACAGGCGCUUGGCUUUGCCAGCUGCCCAUCACUGAUUAGUGUGACUGGCAGGGACAGCAAACAAGCUGCACCUUGAGAAAGAGAACUUUCUCUCAUUCUGCAAUCGUCCAGUAGAUGGCACUCAAAGACCUCUCUAUACUGUUUUAGCUCUCUGCUUUUGUCAGUACUGAUAUUAGCAGAAGGAAUCCCUCUGGGUUAGGUCAGGGAUAACGUUGUUUCAAGAUUAGGGUACAGUUGGUACUUAGAUUCUGAUCAUAUGAGGCAUU